AUGUCAACGAAGACACCAAAGAAAGCCAGGGAAGAGGCCGCAGUCGGAGAGACACUCUUCACUCCUCAUGAAGGACAGCCUAUAGUGGCUUUUCCAGGGUUCAAAGCCAUCAAACCAACCGUUUAUGCCGGACUAUUUCCGGUGGAAACAUCUGAAUAUGAGGAUCUCAAGCAGGCCGUCGACCGUCUCAGCCUCAACGAUCCUUCAGUAGUGAUCAUUCCCGAUUCCAGUCCAGCACUAGGCUUGGGAUGGAAAAUGGGAUUCCUCGGUGUGUUACAUAUGGAGGUUUUUGGUGCUCGACUGGAUCAGGAGUAUGGGACCAGUGUCAUUCUCACUCAACCGUCCGACAAUGAAACCAUUAGAAAGAAGCGUUUCGGCGGCAAGGGCGAGGUCAGUAUUAUCGACGCGAGCAAGUUUCCCGAAGAGAGCGAUAUCGAAAAAUUCCUGGAACCUGUAGUUACGGUUCGCAUAAUAGUGCCGGCGGAGAUGAUGGGCAUAGUGAACGGACUGUGUUCGGAAUGUCGUGGGGAACGCGGUGACGUGAGCUCCAUCGACGAGAGCAGGUUACUGAUCGUCUGGAAACUGCCACUAGCUGAAGUGGUGAUCGACUUUUUCGAGCGAUUGAAGCGGAUCACUUCUGGAUACGCUUCUUUUGAUUACGAACAAGACGGGUACAUGGAAACAAAACUUAUCAAACUGACGCUGACAAUUAAUGGACGAGAGGCGAGUGGAAUUAUUCUUAGCUCGCUCCUUUCAUCUCUCGAAAAGGACGAAUUACCCGACUUAAUCGCAGUGGUUCCCGAAUUCUCUCAAAUCAUCCCUGCAGCUAUGGCAAGAGAACGUGCAAAGUUAUUGGUGCACCGUCUCAAAAGAGAAAUUCCGCGCCAGCAAUAUGAAGUCACCAUUAAAGCGUGUGUUGGGAGUUCCUCAAAAGCACUUUCUCAAGUGUCUAUCCAGCCGAUGAAGCGGGACUUCACCCAGUUACUCAAGGGGAACUUCGGUGGUGGAGGUAUGGAACGUCUGAACAAAAAGCUGAGCCAUCAGAAGAAAAGGCAAAGAACGUAUGAAAAUGAUAGGUAA